GAAGUAUUGUGUAUGAAUAUGAAUUGCGUGUUCUUUACAAACCUCCUAUAAGGAGUAUAUAUAGGGAAAUCCGGGUAUGGGCCUCUAAUAUGGGCCCGACAGACCCGGUUACAUAAAUGGACUAAUAGUAUAAAAAGCUAACUCAGUACACCCGAAUAAUAAUAAUGUACAAUAAUGUAAAUGCUAUCUACUGAGGGUACGUGGGCCAUUUUUCGGGCCCAAUAGUCGGCAGGCCGGGGGGUCUGGGUCCAUAUACUCCAUCAGGAGUCCCCACUCCCUGAACCGAGAGUACUCGAGGUGAAAGGGAGUAGUUCACAAUUGUAUCUGCAACGUUCUUCUGUCUUUGAUUUCUUCCUCUUCGGCCGGGGACCACCACCCUUGUCCAUGAUGGAGAAGUGCCUCGUUAAAAACCUGUACUAGGAAAAAAACCAAUGGGAAAAAAUCCUAAUAAAAGGAAAAAGAGUACACCUAGCACCCCCAACAUGAAACAAUGAAGGUAAGAUCCCUCCGGCAUAAUCAAUGUUGUCUAGCUCAGCUCCUCUUCAUCCGACUCAGCUUUCAUUCUUGUGCAUGCGUGAUAUUUUUUGCUCAUCCAGAAACUCUGACCCCUCAGUCCCCCACUCCUUGAGGCAAGUGGAGACGAGGUGAAAAUGCGUACAGUCAUCUUCGUACCUACACAUUUAACAUACAUAAAAAAAAUUCUUGGGGUUUAUGUUUCUGAUCGGGAGUUCAUCACUUUAAAAAAGUGGAAAUGUGAAUUGCUAAUGUAAUGAUAAAAUACUUAGUAGAGUGGAUGUGUGAGCCAUUCGUAUGCAAUGGUCGCCAUUCUUGGAAUGACUAAGAUCGGUCUUCAUGCCCGACUUGGUCGGGGCUUUGUGCCUGACUUGGUCAGGGCUUUAAAUAUUAGGCAUUUGAUCAUAAUUGUGUGAAAGUUUGACAUUCACCCGACAAAAAGAAAUGAUUUAAAUAAAUAUAAAUAAUACGUAGUAUGAAAAUUAAAGAGUACUUAUCUUUUGAUGGACUGAAAUCCAUGGGUGUUGUCGAGUUUGUGGCCCAUUAGUUAUGAACAUCAAUUUUGGGCUUGAAGUAGUCUUAGCCCGCUGAUUUAGAACACGGCUUCCGGAAAUGGGCUGUAAAAAGGGGCCUCUGUAGAAAUUAGACCCUUGAAACAACUUUUCAAGGUCAGCCCAUCCUUUUUCACAUGGCCCAGAAAUGUUAAACUCCCUUGACCUAUCAUGUGUUAUACGGCCAGCCACUGCUUCUAAGUCCUGGAGAUUUUCAUGGCCAGGCUCCACUACCGCCAGGUAUGGAGACCAAAGAGAGACGACCUGGAGAUCUGAGACUUGAAGAAAAGAAGGGUACCCUGGUCAUGACGCUGUCAGAGGAGCGAAGGGCAUUUUGCUGGCCAUUUCCGCAGUGAAACUCUGUUUGUUCUCCGUGCACGGACGUUUCUAGCCUGGAAAUAUCAUCUGUCUUCAUCGAUGGCUGCCACCGGAGAGUGGAUGAGGGUUCGUCAGAACUCCUGCUUCGUGCGACACCACUAUGUCCCCGUCGAGAUCUGGAGUGGCAACUUCUAAGGGAGCCUGUUAUGGCCAUUAAUGGCAGAAACCUCGCACUAGCUCACCCGACUAGAGGGAGCUCUGAUCGACGGCGCUGGGGUGGAGGUGGAGAACAAGCUUCGAGCGACGACCGACAACUUUUGAUGGAAGGAGGAGCUGCGAGCGACACUGCUGGAGGCCAUAUCUCCGGGUUUGUUGGCGACGAUGGCUACCAUCUGGAGAGCAGCAGGCAUGCGAUGGCAGCUAGCAACCUCCAGCUGAUGAUGACUACCAUGGACGGUGAAGGUGGUUUUUGGCUAAGAUCUGCGAAAUCCCAGUAUUUUUGGAUUCAGAACAGAUUUUUGGCUGAUUUUUUGUAUUUUGGAUGAAUUUUUGGUUGUUUUUGGGAGGUUUUCUCACUUGAUUGUGUUCAAACCUCUCAACGAGAGCACCAUUUGAUGGAUAUUAGAUACCCAUAUUGUAUAAACUAGAAAGAUUGAACAAGAAAGAAGGAGAAGAGAAGAAGUAUUGUGUGUGAAUAUGAAUUGUGUGUUCUUUACAAGCCUCCUAUAAGGAGUAUAUAUAGGGAAAUCCGGUCUGGACCUCUAAUAUGGGCCCGACAGACCCGAUUACAUAAAUGGACUAGUAGUAUAAAAGGCUAAUCUAGUACACCCGAAUAUUAAUAAUGUACAAUAAUAUAAAUGCUAUCUACUGAGCGUACGUGGGCCGUUGUCCGGGCCCAAUAGUCGGCAGGCUGGGGGGUCUGGGUCCAUAUACUCCAUCAUACCUCUUCAUGAGUAUCUUUCUUUGAUAGAGUUGGAGAGAACUGUGAUGUCAUGAUAGUAGGUUUGAUUUCUUUUUCUUGUUGAAUAGCAGUCCCUUUCCUUGAUGUGUGAUAAAAGCGUGCUUUCUCCUUCCUUGUUUCUUCUUGAAGAGUAUCCUUCAAAGUGUGUUCCAUCUCCGCUGUCUAUAAGUGAUUUUGAGAAAUUGGUGGUUGAUCUUUUUUUCAAAGUAAGUCGGUUAAGAAUCCGACUCUAUGAACAACCGCUUUGAUACCAAUUGAUGGUCCCAUGUGAAGUAGAAAUCUAGAGGGGGGUGGGUGAAUAGACUUAUACAAAUCUUUUCUUUUUCAACCCUUUAUCCUCAAACAGAAUGUGUUCCAAUCUCUUUUGAGAGAUAUUGAAACAUACAACGGAAGUCUUGACCUCAAGAGUGUGACACUUUAUAGAAACAAAGGUUGUGACCCUUUUAGUUGUAACAAAGAUGGUUGGACACAACACCUUUGUGUGAAGGAUUUAGACCUAUUGAUAUAGAUCUCUUUGAAGUUCGUGGGUAAGGAGUUUUGAUUCACAAAAAACUUUAGAGAGUUUUCUGGACAGUGAAUAUGCAAGCGUUUGGGAUAGUAUGAAGGUGAAUGAGAACUAAAAUAUGUGUUGGGUGCUGAAUAUAAAAGGUACACAAGAUUUCAGAUGGAUUUCUGCUAAAUGAAUAUCCCAUUACACUUAGUGCCCAUUCUACCCUUGGCCUAGGCGUAGAUUGUGAGGUUUUUCAUGAGGAACCACACUGUUCCAAGCUACUCAUGUCCUCCAAGGUUUUUCACUGAUGGCAUUGCGCAACCAGAAGCUACUCAUGUCCUUGCCUCACCUUCUGGAUGAUCACACACAUACCAGAAUGUAUACACUAGCCUAGUUUACAUGGAUUUAAACCAGUCUACCAACUAAUCUAAGCUCUAUAGAUGUGUAUGAGUUAUAAGCUAUUCUAAGAGCAUUAGAUGAGUGGGGUGGUAACUAGAGUGGUGAAGGUGAAUCAGGUAACUGGAUGUGUUCAUGUAUACCUUGAUUCCCUUCGGUUCCACUGGGUUCCAAUAUACCAGGGUUUUUUGCCAUCUGGUGCCACACAUGGUCUUCCCGCACUCCUUCUGUAUUUAUAGACUUUGUUGUUGAAUCUCCUCCAUUGGCUGAGUGAUCCAAUCUUGAUCGUUGCUUGAUCUACUUGCUUUGUUUCACUUGACUGAGGCAGUAUGGUUGAUUAUUGUCUUCUCGUGACACGGAUCAUUUAUCUUCACUUAACUUGAUUCCUCAUUUCUAGGUAAAGAUAAAGAUGAUUUAUCUUUAUUUAUUUAGCUCGUAGAAAUUCAGUAUUUAGGCCGAGUGUUGUUCAGUGCUUCCACAUGAUAGAAUUACUUGCUUUUAGUAAGAUAAUUUUAUAAGAAUUUUUGUCACGUAAUUUCUUAUAAUAUUAUUUUAUAUUCCUUUUGUCAUUUUGACUGCAAGUGGGUCUUCUGUCUUCUUGUUUCUGUGUUAAGAGAAGAAUAACAUAUGUCGAGUACUUAAUUAGAAUAUCUAUGAGGUCUUCUGGUCUGGUGUUAAUCAGAGAACCACCUCUGUUGCUGAGGUCUUCUGAUACAACCAUGACAGAAGGUCUUCCAGUCUGGUGUCAAUCAGAGAACCACCUUUGUUGCUGAGGUCUUCUGAUAUGACCAUAACAGAAGGUCAUAAGAUGGUCUUCUUACUUAAGCAUCUAAUUCUCUAAGGGUUUCAGUUGACUCUUUUCGUACCUUUUCUUUUUGUUUCUUUCCUUUUUGUUUUAUGGUACGUUUCUUCUCUUUUUAGUACUCUCUCUUUUUCUUGAGUACUUUAUCGCUAUGGAGCACAUUACAAAUAAAAAGAGUAGAAUAAAUACAAGCUCUGAUCUAUUACAGGGAUAAUAUAAUAUUUAGCAUCAUCAAAACUAAUAUGUAAUGAUCAUCCAAAUAUAGGGACCUAACAUAUACAAAUUUUGCACAUGUGAGAUUCUUCCCUUCUUGAUAGUUCGUGUUUGCUUGAAGAUAAAAUGUAAAUGACUCUUUAAUAUCAAUAUUGGUAAGCACCGAACAAGUGUUAUUGCUAUUGCUUAAGAACACAGAUUGUUCAUGUGGGAGAUGCAAGAAAAAGGUUUCUUCCAAAAGGUUAAAUCCCCAACCUUAAGGGUCCCCACGCCCGAUCCGGCAAGACUUUUUGGGAGGUUGUAAGUCACGGUGACUUAAUCGGCCCAAUGGUAAUAGUCCUUGUACUCGUGCACAUCAGAGGUCUAGCCCAGCACGCAGGAACUGUAACUUCCACACAGCCGUUGCGGGUUUCGAUCCCUAGUCAUUCUUCCACAUUUCUCACCACUCAACCAACUGAGCUACCCGUGUGGGUAAAAAAAAGCUUUCUAGUGCUAGAGAUACACCAUGAAUUGGUAUGGAAAACAAAAUGAAAAAUAUCUCACACGAUGAUGCAUAUCUACGCUCAAAGUAUUGCUUUCUUUGAAGAAAACCCAAACUAUGCCAAAUUAUAACAUGGGAUCGGCGCACCGUGCUCAAGGUGUCCCGAUCCCAAAACGGUACCAUUUUUGUAUAAAAAACAAUUAAACCUCCCUUACUCAGGAUCUGUGCAUCUCGAUCCGCAUCUGCUCUACCAUGUAAUUUCUUUUACUCCGCAUCUGCUCAUCUUCGUAUCUGCUCUACUACGCCUUCAUCAGUUCGCAGAUGGCCGUCAAAGCCUGUCGUCGCCUUCCUUGAAUUCUGAUCUUGAGUUCCCAUCUUUUGUUUGUGUUGAUGCGCUGCUACAAUGAAUACCCAAGGAGAAGAUUCCAGUUGGCAAAGAUGGUUGGUGAAGAUCAAAUUGAGAUGGUGAAGAAAGUGGGGAUUUUGAUGGGUUCGGUUGCACGCAUUUUUUUCUCAUCUAAUUGAAGACAUCUAAUUUGAAGUUAUAUUCCUAAUUUCCUACUUAAG